UGAAGCCGAGUUCAGCUCAGCUGUCUUCCCAAUAACUGCGUUUCUGUUUUUUUGUUUUAAACCGUACACAAUGGGCUGCGUUCAAAGCUUCAGGGAAUUUUGCGACCGUCCAAAGAACACCAACGUCCGCCUCAGCCUCCCAGCAGUAUGCUUUGUGUGGCAAACCGCUAUGAUCAUCCUGUUCGGCGUUUUUAUUCGUUAUGAUGAGGAAUCUGAUACACACUGGAUAGAGCACAGGAAAACACACAACGUCUCCAGCGACAUCGAGAACGACUUCUAUUUCAGAUAUCCAAGCUUCCAGGAUGUUCACGUGAUGAUUUUUGUGGGCUUCGGUUUCCUGAUGACCUUCCUGAAGCGCUACAGCUUCGGUGCCGUGGGUUUCAACUUCCUCAUUGCAGCCUUUGGCCUUCAGUGGGCACUGCUGAUGCAGGGCUGGUUUCACUCCCUCGACUACACCGAUGGAAAGAUCAAGAUCGGCGUGGAAAGCCUGAUCAAUGCAGACUUCUGUGUGGCGGGCUGUUUAAUUGCCUAUGGGGCGGUGUUGGGCAAGGUCAGCCCAGUCCAGCUGUUGGUGCUCACUCUGUUUGGGAUCACCUUGUUCGCCGUGGAGGAGUAUAUCAUCCUUUCGCUCAUCCAUGCCAGAGAUGCUGGAGGCUCCAUGGUGAUUCAUACGUUUGGAGGUUAUUAUGGACUUUCCAUCUCAUGGAUGCUCUAUCGACCCAAUCUGGACCAGAGCAGUCGAUUGCAAGGCUCUGUUUACCAUUCGGACGUCUUCGCUAUGAUUGGAACGCUCUUCUUGUGGAUGUUCUGGCCCAGCUUCAACUCGGCCAUCACAGACCAUGGGGACGGGCAGCACAGGGCAGCCAUCAACACCUAUCUGGCUCUGGCCUCUACCGUGCUCACUACCGUGGCCAUCUCUAGCCUCUUCCAGAAAAACGGCAAGCUGGACAUGGUACACAUCCAGAAUUCCACACUGGCCGGAGGCGUCGCCGUGGGGACUGCAGCAGAGUUCAUGCUGAUGCCCUAUGGGUCUCUAAUAGUCGGAUUUUGCUGUGGUAUUGUUUCCACACUGGGAUACAUUUAUGUCUCGCCAUUCAUGGAAAAGUAUCUGAAGAUCCAGGACACGUGUGGAAUCCAUAAUCUCCAUGCGAUGCCUGGAGUCAUAGGUGGCAUCGUAGGUGCGAUCACUGCUGCAGCUGCCUCUGAAUCCGUCUACGGGCGAGAGGGGCUGAUAAACACCUACGACUUUGAGGGGGAUUUCAAAGACAUGGUGCCGACGCGCCAGGGCGGACACCAGGCUGCUGGGAUUUGUGUGGCUAUUUGCUUUGGUGUGGGUGGAGGCAUACUUGUUGGUUGUAUCCUCAGAAUGCCUAUUUGGGGUGAUGUUGCUGAUGACAACUGCUUUGACGAUGAGCCAUACUGGGAGCUACCUGAAGAGGAAGAGAACAUCCCACCUAUCCUGACAUAUAACAACCACAUGCGGAACAAAGAUACCAUAGCGGAAUCAAAUUUCACCGUGGAGCAGAACUGACAGCAGGUCUCCGUCCUGAUGGCCCUCAUUCCUCAAUGCCAAUACUGUAGAUUCAACUGUCCAACAGUAGCACUCAUUCAUUUCACUUCGUCUCGACCCAUCUAGAUGUAAUAACACCCAUCCUAACAAGUAAUGUAGUCUCGUAGUGAAUAUUUUUGUGUGUGUUUUUUUUUUCAUACAAGUGGAAAUCUACCAGCAGGGAGGGGUAAUUUCAUGUUUCCUCCCAAUACAUCACUUUCAAUUUUUCCAACCUCCUCGUUUUCAGACUUUGCUAGCGUCAAAUGACACCGUAUCGACUCAAGUAAAGUGAAGCGACUUGAGAGGCUUGUUAUUCAGCUAAUAUAUACGUCCCAAAAAAACUGCCUAUCAAAUUUUAUGGUGGCGCAAGAGCUGAACCUUUAACUCAGCUGAUGAAACCACGAGAAAUGUUUGAUUGCUAAAUAAACAGCUGUGGCACAGCGUUAAAGGAAUGUAAAAAAGGCCCUUUUUGCUUGCAGUCGGAAAAAGACGUGUAGAUUUUUGGCCUUUUUGUGGUUUAUGUUUCAGAUCUGUCCACGCUUGUGUUCACUCAAGCUGAGUUGCACUUUAAGACUGUGUUGCACAAGAGUUUCACAUCUUCGAUCUUGCCCCUCUUUUCUGUGAACGGCUGUCAAAGCACAUGUGGGUAGGAAGCUGCAGCGUAUGGACACCCACCAUUGUGACAUAGGCAAAUACGGAUUGGUGUGUUUUCCUUUGCUGCCUGUCUAUUUGCCCUGUUUUGUUAAUGUCACCUUUUAUCUUGUAUUGCAGAUCUUUUCAUGAAUUGCUGUAACGAUGUAAUAUUUUGUGUGUUCUCGGAGGAGAAGCAGGGAUAACCUUUAUACAACGAUGUGCUAACAGUCAUAUGCCAUGUAGUUGAAUAUGAUUGAAUAAACUGU